UCAUAGAGGUACGUUUACAGUUCUCUCAUCAACACGGUUCGGAUUUCCUGACACAACAACCGUUCACUAUUUCUGGAAUCUUUCAUCCAGUCACGUGAUUCAUUCUUACCUAUAUAUAAACAAGAAAUCAAUGUGAAUUUAUCCUUUAAUCAGUUUUUACCAAAAUAGAAAUAGUGCGUAUGUUAUUUUAAUUAUGAAAUAAUAAUUUGUGAUUGAAAUAAAAAGAGUUCUUUUAACUGUUUACAAAUGUCUUACGGUGGAUCCAUUGUUUUCAAUCAACGUUCAAAAAUAGUCGCUUAAAACAUGAGCGAAUUAAAAAUACGUCCAUCUGUGAGUACCUGGUGUUUAGAGUCAAAAAGAGAACCAGAGAGUGCGACUGUCACGUGGCGUACGUGUGAGGGUGCGAAAGAAAAAAAGACUCUUAUCACUAAGGAAACAAACUAUUAAGAUGAUAGCGUAGAGAUAACUUUGAUGACAGUCGUAUUAGGGUCUUUAUCGAAUGAAAAUGAAAUGUUGCACGAGUUUUUGUUCGCGAUUCCACUGUUGAGCUCUUUCCAAUUCUUGGAGGACCUCUACAGAAUAAUUGGAAUUGUCAGAAAUUAUUGUUUGACACUGACCAAAGUGCUAUUGAAAAUAAAAAUAAAUUAAUCAGAAUAAUUGAAAAUGUUAAAUUCAAGUCAAGUACAAAACGCCGGUUUACUGACACCAUCAGUAAAUUCGUCGAGCAAUCGUUAUGCAUCAAUGUUAAAUAUGGAAAUGAAUAUGAUGUCAAAUGCAUCGUGUGAUGGAUGCAUGGACAGUGACAGGGAUUCAGACAGCAGUAGCAUGAUUGUGGAUCCAGUGAGUUUAGAUAAACAAGACCUAUCCCCUGAACCAUCAACAAGUCCCGUGACCCCAUCAUCGGUUGCAGUUACCUCGCGAAAUCGUAAUAAAACCUAUAAGAAAAAUUAUUCAAUGUCCACUAGUCAAAAGAAUCAUCAGGGUUCAAAUUAUUCCACAGACAAACUCUCCUCGUCAUUGAUAAAACCACCGUAUUCAUAUAUUGCAUUAAUAACAAUGGCAAUUCUUCAAUCGCCCCAAAAGAAGCUUACUCUUAGUGGAAUUUGUGAAUUUAUUAUGACAAGGUUCCCUUAUUAUCACGACAAAUUUCCAGCAUGGCAAAAUUCAAUUAGGCAUAAUUUGUCAUUGAAUGAUUGUUUUAUUAAAAUUCCAAGGGAACCGGGUAAUCCGGGUAAGGGUAAUUAUUGGACUCUUGAUCCACUUGCUGAGGAUAUGUUUGAUAAUGGAAGUUUUUUAAGGCGAAGAAAGAGAUAUAAAAGGCCACCGCCUCAUUAUGUUUUACGAGAUAGAGCCAUUAUGGCGACAUUUGCAAUAUGUGGUGAUCGGACUUCUUGUGCUGGAGGUGGAGGUCAUCCUGGAGCAAUUCCCUAUCCCUAUUUAGCAACACCAUCAGGAUUACCGCUAUUGGAUUUUCCAUCGUCGGCAUUGGAUGCAUUGAAGUUGAGAAAUUUUUUGGAACCACCGCCACCACUUUAUAAACCAGUGGCAAUAACAGCACCGCCAAUUAGGCAGAUUAAUCAUGUACCGAGGACAACAUCUAUGCCCAGUGCGUCGACAAUUAUUGAUAAAAAAAGAAGUUUCAGUAUUGAUGCUCUCAUUGGAAAACAAGUUGGGAGCGAACAAAAUGUUGUUGGCGGACUAUUGGAUUUGAGUCCGUCGGAACAUCGGGAAAUUAGAAGUCAAGCGUCGGCAUUUUCACCGCUGAUUUAAAAACAAUAAUAUGGAUUUGACUAUUUUGGUAUUGUAACAAGUUUGUUAUUUUUUUUUUUUCUUGUUGAAGGAGGAGAUGUGACUUGUGUCGAGUGAUAAUUAUACGUAUGGAUUAAAAAUAACAAUUCAUAAUAUUGGAAAAUAAUGUAGAAUAUUUAAUUUGAUAUUUUUUUGUGCGUGUUCACAAAAUAUGAGAAUUAAAAUUAAAGGUAUUAAAAAAAUUUGCAAUACUUUGGCUUUUUAUUUAUUAAAAUUCAACGAUUAUUAAUAACGAUAACAAAAAAAU